CCGGCUGCAACUGCCCGGCUCCGGGGCCGCGACGAGGGGCAGGAUGAUGCUGUCGGAACAAGCCCAAAAGUGGUUCCCCACCCACGUGCAGGUGACAGUGCUCCAAGCCAAAGACCUGCGGCCCAAAGGCAAAAGUGGCACCAAUGACACAUACACGAUCAUUCAGCUGGGCAAGGAGAAGUACUCCACCUCGGUGGCGGAGAAAACCCUGCAGCCAGUCUGGAAGGAAGAGGCCUCUUUCGAGCUCCCCGGCUUGCUCAUGCAGGGGAACCCCGAGAAAUAUAUCCUCUUCCUCAUAGUGAUGCACAGGUCCCUGGUGGGCCUGGAUAAGUUUUUAGGGCAGGUGGCAAUCAAUCUCAAUGACAUCUUUGAGGACAAAGAAAGAAGGAAAACAGAGUGGUUUAGAUUAGAAUCCAAACAAGGAAAAAGAGCCAAAAACAGGGGUGAGAUAAAGGUCAAUAUUCAAUUUAUGAGGAACAAUAUGACAGCGAGCAUGUUUGACUUAUCAAUGAAGGACAAAACAAGAUCUCCUUUUGCAAAAUUAAAAGAUAAAAUGAAAGGUAGAAAGAAUGAUGGGACCUUUUCCGAUACAUCUUCUGCGAUCAUUCCAAGUUCUCAUAUGCCUGAUGCCAAUACUGAAUUUUCCAGUAGUGAAAUGCAGAUGAAAUCCAAACCAAAAAAGCCUUUCCUUUUGGGUCCUCAGCGACUCUCUUCGGCUCAUUCAAUGUCUGACUUAACUGGGACCCAUGUGUCUUCUGAGAAGCUCAAGUCCGGCGCCAUUGGCCAGAGGCUUCUCGUCACACAGCAGUUGGAUGCCUUUGGAGCAGUUCCGGAAGGUGGAAGUCUCAAAUCUCCACACAGAAGAACAUUAAGCUUUGAUACUUCUAAAACCAGCCAGCCUGACAGGAGCGUGGAUGAAGGUGGACUGUCUCUUGGAAGACAAAAUGACCCAUUUACAAAUGUGACUGCUUCAUUACCCCAAAAAUUUGCAACACUGCCAAGGAAGAAAAAUCCAUUUGAAGAGAGCAGUGAAUCAUGGGACAGCAGCGUGAAUUUAUUUUCAAAAGCAGUUGAAGUAAGAAAAGAAAAUAAGAGGGAAAAAAGGGAGAAAGUUAGCCUCUUUGAACGAGUGACUGGGAAAAAAGAUAGCAGAAGAUCUGAUAAGCUUAACAAUGGGGGCUCUGAUAGCCCCUGUGACUUGAAAUCACCUAAUACAUUUAGUGAAAACCGUCAGGACUAUUUUGAUUAUGAGUCAACUAAUCCGUUUACAGCAAAAUUCAGGGCUUCAAAUAUCAUGCCAUCUUCAAGUUUUCAUGUGAAUCCAGCAAGUAGUGAAGACCUCAGGAAAAUUCCGGAUAGCAACCCUUUUGACGCCACUGCAGGCUACCGCAGUCUGACCUACGAGGAGGUGUUGCAGGAGCUAGUGAAACACAAAGAGCUCCUGAGAAGGAAGGACACCCACAUCCGGGAGCUGGAAGACUACAUUGACAACCUCCUUGUGAGGGUGAUGGAAGAGACGCCCAGUAUUCUCCGAGUGCCAUACGAGCCGUCCAGGAAAGCUGGCAAAUUCGCCAACAGUUAAUAACCAUUUGUACUUCUAAUUGGGGGAAGAAAGAGGAGGAGGGGGAGAGAAGAAGGCGUUCCUGAGAGAACACUAUCAAGUUUCAUUCCGUACUCCCGUAAAUUGUGAAAUUUUGAUUUUCUUGUAAAUAUUAGCAAGGACUCUUCAUUUAAACGUUUCAGCUGAAAACUGGGCCAGCUUCUCAAUGACUGAGAAGCUCUUUAGGAUUCACUUAGGUGAUGGUGCCAGUCCGAUAACCUGCCAUAAGCCUAGAAGUAGCUUCAGAAGUCUGUGGUAUAUUUCUCAGGAACAGAUUUCUCAUAAAGCAGAAAUGAUUCUGUGGCUGGUUUCUGAGAAGUCAAUCUGUACACUAAGUUAGAGACAGGAAUACUGAUCACAAACACUACUAAAAGCAUUGAUAUUUUAUAUAUAGGUAUACAUGGACAUAAGUUCAUGUAUCAUUGGAUAUAAGAUACAUGCAUAUACCUCACAAACACACAUGUAUUUUUAGAACAUUCAGAAACAACUGGUUGCCUCUGAAAUGAUGGUACCAAUUUUCUAAACUGAAAAUGCGAGUGUGCUCUGACGAUGCAAAAUGAAUCAUGAUUGCUACUCUAGAGUUUACUCAAGAUAAGCUGCUUCAAAUCGCCCUGGUCUAGGUGAAUGUUGGUUUUAAAACGAGCCACUUUUAUUCCAGCAUCAUUUUUUCCCCAAAAGUCACAAUUUCCAAAGUCCUUCUUAAAGGUUGACUUUAUUUUAGGAAACUUCCUUAAACCUCUCAACAGCAUGCAUUUCUUGAAUUUUUUUUUUACCUUAACAUUUUGUUUAAGAUAUAAGCAGAAGAUAAGCUAAUGCAGUUUGUUUUGUUGAGCUUCUGCAUGCCUUUAAAUCACUAGCAAAGAAUGUAUUAGGAAGUUGUAGCUGAAGGUAAUUUGGUGAUGGAGGUCCUGGGGGGCGGGGUGGGGAAGUAGGUGAUUGUCUGAGGCCUGAUAACUCAAAGCCUUGGGCAGAUUCUAGGAAUGAAGAAUUAGGCUUGGUUUCAAGUUACAUAAAUAAUAGAACAGAUGGUUGCAUUUGGGUUUUGAAUCAAAAUAAGAGACACUAGAGGAGGGAUAUGAGUGUUUAAAACAGACCUUGGCUGGCGUGACGUUAUUCACAGUUCUACACAUACCCUUCAAGGUUCCAUGCAUUUAUCGCAAAGCCAUUAGUUGACUUUCUGAGUCUGCUGCCGAAAAUGUUGAUCAUUUCUAAGAGUUACUUAAGAUACUUGUAUAAAAUUUGCAGUUUAAAAUGUUAUCUUUUACUUAUUUUACAUCUAAAACACUGUGAAACUCUUAUUUCUGUUUUCUGAGUUUAAAAUGUAAACCUGUAUAUAGAGACUUGUAUUCCCGCUUGGAUGAGUUACAUUUCUGUCUAAUAUUUGUCUCUGCUAAACACCAUUGGUAUUUCAGUGUAGCAGAUACAAUACUGUUCCCUUCAGUGUGUUAAAUCAGUUACUACUUGACCAAGCUUGUAUUCAUAAGCUAAAAUCCCAUUUUUUUGUACUUUUGCGUGUCUAUAGUUUUCCUAAGAAAACCUUUUGGAGUUCUGAAAAUUUUUCCCUAGUAAAACAAUUUUUAAUUGAAUAAGAAUAAUAAAUAAUAAUAGCUCUUGCCAACUUUUCUCUCACUUAGAAAUUUCUGUUGUAAAUAGUAAAGCCUAGUAUAGAACCUUAUUUUCACAAUUAAGAUCUUGAUAACUUAGUAACUUAUUUUCUGGCCUGGUAUUUAACUUUUUAAAUAGCAUUUACUAAAUAUUAAAAAAUUGUAGCACUUUUUUUUUCUGCUGUUACAUAAUUGGUACUACUUACACUUUAAAAAAAUACCCAGAUCCAUAUGUUUCAGUAUUAUGACCGUUAUCUACAUAUAUUUUCUUAUGCUUUGGUCAAAUUUGUUCUUUAUAGAAUAAACCAAGAUGUCACUUUUAUAUUGGGGUCUGUUUUAUGUAAAUAGAACUCUUAAAAUAUAUGGUUCAAGUCCUGCUAUCCUUUUCAUGAGGAAUUUAUUUUUAAGGAGAUAGUCUUUGCCUGUGAAAUACUAUUGAGGAGUAGAUACCCAUCUAUCAGUGAUUUGACUUUAAUUUUUAUCUUUAUAUUUGGGACUCAGAAUUGUGUUGAAAAUUAAUCUGCUUUUAUCACUGCCUGAAAAUGUCCUGAUGUUUAUAAAUUUUACUUAUGACCUAGAGUAAAGCUAACUAUAUUUUUACAAUUGGUCCAUCUAAUAGACCAUAAACAAACCAUAAAAAUGAGUUCCCAAGUGAUCAGUGUUUUGGGGGUUGGGCAGUGAUGCAGAGUAGUUCUAGUCUAGUAUUAUAAAUGAAAAAGUUACAAAGAUCACUUUAAUUUAUUUUUCAAAAAUGGAACUGUUGUGUUUUAGUGGCAGAUUUUGUUAGUAGCUUAGAAGUAGAAAUAAAAUAUGUGUACUUAUUUAAUGAUUCUGAUACCUAGGCUUAUAAACAAAUUUUACUUCAUUUUCAUGUUCGGAAAUAUUUCUACCAAUAAAAGGGGAAAAUUUUAAGAAAAUGAUUUUAAGAAAAAUCAUAGAAUUCAUAGUUACCUCAAAAGUGUCUUAAAUUCUCUUAAACUAACCCCUCUUAAUUAAAAUGUUUCUGUUAUUUUAAAAAGUGUUGUCUUACAGCUUAGUUCCCCUUUUGAUCCUAAAAUUCACUCUUGUAAGUAUUAACACGCUGUCCUACCACUUCUAACUCCAUUGAAUAACAGUCUUUUCUUAGAAUUGUGCAUAAAAUAAUGUCACCCACUUGUGAGAAAGGUUCAAGUAUUGCUUUGUGCUGCUGUAUUCUGCAUAAGACUGGUUGUGUCAUCCUCCUGUGAACAUAGUAUUACCCACAUAACUACACCCAAUGCUUCUGGCAGUAAGUGAAGACUUGAUUGUAGUUUUCCAGCUGUGAAAAUGUUGCCUUGUAUUUAAAAGGGUCCCGUGAGUGGAAACCUCGGCUCAUUAGUGACAGACUGGCUUUCCUCAUAUCCUUCCGUCAUCAGAUCCGCCACCCUCACAAAUCGGAGCCCGCCAGCCCGCCGGGGGGCCGAUUCUUUAGCCAGGAUCAUCUUCAGAGAAAAGGAACUGCUGUCUCAUGUAUCUAGGGAUUGUUACACGCUGGCUUUUAUUUUCCCCCGUAGGUUUUUUAGGAAAAGCAGUCUGCCUUGGAUUUAUCAACCAAGGGAAGACUUUUUGAUGUCCUUGUACACAUGUGUCUUAGAGCCGUGGUAGGUGUCACUGUGUGUGGGAGUGAAGUAGAAAGCAUGCUUAUUCACUCGGUCUCUUUGAAGUCAGAUGAGGGUCGCAGAGCCGGGUGGGUUCACUUUGGUAGAGGGGAAGGUCUGUCAGUGCACAUGGAAAGCUCCUGUUUUCACAGAUUUAUAACUCUAAAAAUCAGAUGCAAUCAUUGGAAGUAUUUAAUAUGCAAUAGAUAGCACCUUAACUAAUUACACUGCAGAUGAAGGGUUUUCUGGUGUAUUUAAUAAGAAGUGCGGAAGCUCUUCAAGCAUUCAACAAGAAUUGACAUUUUUUCCCUUUCUUUUCUAUGUCAGAAAAUCCACUCUUGAAAUGGAAUUGAAGUCUGUAACAAAUGAUAACACUGGGCCUGGUGUAUCUUUGAUGCAUCCUGGUGGUGUGUGUAUUUUGAGGUACAAAAAAAUGCUGCAGACCUUGAAAUGUAUGUAUUUAGCAAGUAUUUGAUACAGGCAUUAUUUAUAACUGAAGAGUAUUAUACUUUGGAAGUAAAAUACUCUGGUAACAUGUAUAUAUUGUUGCAGGUACAAACUCAGAAGUAUGUGUAAGUUUUGCAUAAUGUGACAUUGUGUAAUCUAUGUACUGCUGCAUGAAUCAGAAUUUUUAUAUGAGUAUUGAUUUGUUAUAGUUGAUUAAAGUGUUUAAUCAUA